UGAAGUUUGUUUUUUGGGUUCCAAAAAUCCAGGACUGUUCAAUAGUCAAUAAUACUACAUUACGGUCAUACUCAUUUCAUUAUUCUCUUCUCAUUCUUGGGUUGGCUUGGCUUGGGCCCAUUUCUCUGCUAAUCUCUUUUGCAUUUGAUUCCUAAGAUGGUUCAGCUCUUAUUGGUUGGUGAUUUUCUAGUCAUCCAGUUUUGCAAACAAGGCCUCUGAAGGGUUUUAUCAGAGGUGAUAAUAUGUUGACAGGGUAUGAGCUCUUCUUCAUCAACAGUACAGUUUGAAAGCUCAAGAGAAAUGGGGAUAUAUGAGCCAUUCAGACAGGUUCCCAUGGCCAUGUGGAAAAACUCCUUUGAAAAUGGUAGUAAUAACAUCUUAUACACAGGCAAUUCAACUAUUGUUGAGGAGGUUGUUCCUAGGCAAGAAACCAAGAUUAAGUUUAUGUCUCAUGAAUCAGCAGGACCUUCAGAAAAUGACCAAGAAGCUAAUAAAUCUACUGAUGAUAACAAGGUACAGAGACGAUUGGCACAAAAUCGUGAAGCUGCAAGAAAAAGUCGUUUGCGGAAAAAGGCUUAUGUUCAACAAUUAGAAUCAAGCCGUAUGAAACUGGCCCAAUUGGAGCAAGAACUUGAGAGAUCUAGGAACCAGGGUGCAGCAUUCUUGGGCAGUAAUAACUCAGCAAGUUUGAACUCAGAAAUGGCAGCAUUUGAGAUUAAAUACGGGUACUGGGUGGAGGAGCUAAACAGACAGAACAGUGAGCUAAGAAAUGCACUGCAAGCUCGAGUACCAUCAGAUGUAGAACUUGGUAUGUUAGUAGAGAAUGGUUUGAACCAUUACUACAGUCUUUUCCAGAUGAAAGAAGUGGCUGCCAAGUCAGACAUUUUCUACUUGAUGUCUGGAAUAUGGAGAACCUCAGCAGAACGUUUCUUCCUCUGGAUUGGAGGGUUUCGUCCCUCUGACCUUCUCAAGGUUGUGAUGCCACAUAUCGAGCCAAUGAACGAUCAACAAGUGGCAAGAGUAAAUAGCCUUAGGCAAUCAUCACAGCAAGCUGAAGAUGCACUGUCACAAGGAAUUGAUAAACUUCACCAAAAUCUGGCCUUUAACAUGGCAGCUGAUCCCAUAACUGAAACUGCUUAUGAAUCUCUAAUGGCCGAUGCUAUUGAGAAGUUGGACGCACUUGAGAUUUUUGUGACCCAGGCUGAUCACCUUAGGCUACAAACAAUGAGGCAAAUGGCUCGUAUUCUAAGGCCCAACCAAGCUGCACGGGCGUUACUUGCCUUAGGGGACUACUUUCACCGUCUGCGCGCGCUUAGCUCACUUUGGGCUGCUCGUCCUCGUGAUCCCUCGGCUUAAUUAUCGAUCUUAAUUACAACUUAAUAUGUAUCUAUAUAUAUAUAGUGGACAUGCACUCAAUCUUCUCAAUUCUCGGUUUGAAUAUGAACAAUAUAUUUGAAGAUGCAUGUGCAUAUAUAAUAUAUAUGUGAUGAAAGAUCGAUCAUGUUGAAUUAUGUUUUGUAGGUUAAAAGUCUUAAACGACGGCUUUUUAUUGUUAUUGUCUAAUGAUGAAUUAGUACUAAGCUAGUGGUACUUAGUUAAUCUGUAAAGUUAAAAAAGUUGUUUAAUGAAAUGGUUGCUAGUUGCUACCAA